GCGUCAAAAGGUCCAUAAAGGCCGUCACAGAAGCUAGUAUAACACCCGUUUUGACGGACGUUUUGUUUCUCCCUCUCCAGGCUAGAGACAUUCGUAACGCCUCCCAAUCCAAAUCACAGUAUGGGUUCCGCAGAAUCAAUUCUCUCGAACGCUCAGCAGCAGCCGACGGCUGAUGAUGAAAUCACCACCGUCUCUGAGAGAACGGAGGGCGUCGAUCCCAUCUUAGAACGCCUCAAAUCGCUCAAAAUCGCAACUCCAAUAUUGAAAUCUCCUCCACCGCAGACAACGGAUAGCAGCUUAACUGAUAUUCUCGUGAGGAAACCGCUUUCUUCUUCUUCGGUUUCAGGUACUUUAAAUCCCAAUGUUUUGUUGGAGCUCUUCUCUUUGUAUCGUGAUUGGCAGGAAGAGAAAGCCAAAAGAAUUAGCCAGAAACAGGUAUCCCUCCACACAGUUUUAAUUAGCCAGAAACAGGAUGAGAUAGAAAUCAAGAUUGAAACAACAGAUGCUUUGGCUGUGAAACUUCUUCAGCGUCUUAAUUAUUCUUUGUCGGCUAUGAGGACGACUGCACAUCAUUUAUCAGACGUGCACCCAUUGGAGGUGGAGGUUGGGGAGUUGAAAGGGAGGCUUACAGAAGUAAUCAGCAACUGUGAUACAUUAUGUAAGAGAAUCACAUUAGAGGGGCCAGAGUCACUUCGAUCAUCAGUGAAGCCAUUUGCAGACAGUGAUGUGGGACCCACCCACUUGACAAAUUUACAGAGAAUCUUAAGAAGGACCCACCCUUCUAAUGAAUGGAUGGGAUCUCGCAUGCGUGUACCAGCUUGGCACACGUGAUAAUUUAGAGAUUAGAGGAGCUAAGCUUGCAAUAUUUCAUUUAAGUGGGCCAUUAUAGAUUCAAUGUUAUGAUCAUAUAACACCCAAUUGAAUCUAGCCAUUGGAUGGAAUUAAUGAGCAACGCCUGUGGGCCCCACUUGUUUGUCAUUACGUAUAAUGAUUAGUGGAUGCAUUGAAUUGUAUUUUGUUAUUGAUUUCUCCAUAAAAAUGAUCCACAACUCAUGUUCAAUGUUGCCAAACAUUAGAUUAAUCUCAAUCGUUGAUCAACAUCCAUGAUCCUGAAAUAGUAUAUCAUUGUCAUCACAAAGUAUUGAAUCUGCUACUUUAACGGUUAUAGGGCCCACCAAGACAUGAGCUUAUAUAUUUAAAAAAAUGUUUUUUUUUAAAGUUCAAUUGAAGGGUAGAAAGAUGAUAUUUAGUAAAGAACAUUAAAGCAAAUGAAAGAUGAGAUUUGAUAGUGUGAUUUAACAUCUCUGUGGGUAUUUAGAGAGACACUUAAACAAAUCACAGCCAUGAAUUUCAUUAUUUAUUUUAUGUUCAUGGCUCAAUCGCAUUCA